CCCUCUUUGACGCUUUCGACGCGUCUCCUUUGUCUUCCGGUGUCGGGCAAAACAAGCUCCGCAAUCGUGCCAGGGGCAUAUGUAUGUACAGUACAUACUGUACGGAGCGUGACGACAUCACCGCCACCCAAGACAAAUACCUCGCCCAGCUGCCUUGAGCGUAUUCCACGAUUGCAGCGGUUAGCCGAAAAAGUCUUUCCGCGAAACUUCUUCGCGUGCGAGACGAAACCUACCUUCAAAGAUGGCCGAUUUCAACAACCAUCCGACUGCAGGGCCGGGGCUACCGACUCCUGCGACGAGUGGGGUGACGCAUGGUGGUGGAUAUUCCUCCGAGCCCGCCUCACUCCUCACCAGCCUCCGCACCCCUUCCACCCUCCUCCGGAUCCUCGAAUGGUUCCUCUCCCUAAUCGCCUUCAGCACGGCCGCCUCCUACGGCGACAUCACCUCCGCCUCGCGUUUCAUCAUCUUCACCGGCGUUCUCGCCUGGCUUCUCUCCUCGCUGUUCCUUUACGCUGCGAUAUUGCGACCCGCGAGACUUGUAGGCACGAGGGCGUAUCAUUAUGGGGAGUGCGCUGUUAGCGGGAUUUGGACGUUGUUUUGGUUUUGUGGGAGUGUGGCGUUUGCGGCGGAGGGGUGUGCUGUUGGGGGGCAGUGUGGGGAGAGGGGCGCUUCAAUUGCUUUUGGAUUCUUCAGCCUCUUCUCAUGGGCCGCGAGCACAUGGUUCGCCUAUCACGAGCUGCGGCAGUCAUAGUUCCCCUCCAACCGAGGCGGAAAGUCAUCGAGAUGCUAUCCUCCUCUGACUAGAUUAGUCUUGCAAUAGCCGACCGGACUGGCUGCAUGUACUGUAGUUUGCGGCCACCUCCUCUCGUUACAUUCUCAAGAGUAUGGACCCUUGGGCGAUUUUCAGAGAGUAUUAUACUGUACUGUAUGUACGUAGCUAUCCUCGCUGCGGACCCAUGAAGACAUGAAGGACACCCUUUAUUACAGUACGUAGUACAGUAUGUACUGUAGGGUUAAUGUGCGAAGAAGGAUAGGCCGGGCUCUGUCCCGUUUCCAUGGCCCAUGGAAUGCGCGCGUG